AUGAUCGCUAUCAACCAGUUGCCUUUGGCAUUCGCAACCAGUAAAGGAUUUAGGCAUUUCAUGGACGUCGUGGAGCCAAGCUACAAGACACCUUCUAAUGCUAAGCUGAAAAAUCGAAUUAAACUUCUGCAUGAUCACUUGAAACAGAAGGUAGCAUCUCAGAUUGACUCAGCUACAGCUGUUGCGCUCACCUCAGACUGCUGGACAUCAAGGGCGCAAGAUUCCUACAUCACAGUGACUGCGCACACUUUGGACAGUGAGUGGAAGUCACAAGCGUUCACUUUAGCAACGGAGGCUAUGCAAGAGCGGCACACGGGAGAAAAUAUCAUGCAGCGAAUGCAAGAAGUCAUCGCGGUGUGGAAGCUGGAUGGCAAGGUGACGGCUGUUGUCACUGAUAACGCAUCUAAUGGCAUUAAAGCAGUCAAUGCACUGCGAGGCAUUUUAGAGCCGAAUGACGUGACCUGCUCUGCCCACAGUCUCCACCUGAGCAUCAAGAAGGCACUGUCCGACAAGGAAAUCGAUGGGCUCUGCCAGAAAAGCGGAAAACUGGUCGCCCACUUCAGACAUUCGACCAUCGCCAGCGACCAGUUGACUAGGCGACAGGAGCUGCUCGGCUUACCAACAGGAGCGCCUGACGCAAAGCUGCCCGACAAGAUGGAGCUCUACUUACCAAAUGCUCGCAAAGCUCAUCAAGCAUCGGCCUGCCAUUCAAAGUGUUCUUGCUGA